AUUGGUUCAGGUUGGGAUCGCUUGGCGGCUGCAGCGCCACCGUCGAAGAGUAGUUUGAAACUGGAGAAGCGUGGAUCACGGAAGACCCCUCGAGAUUCCGAUCGAAUCUUCUCAAAUUCGUCAGUCACCUCACCGGCCGCCAUUAAGUCCACUCAACAACAACAGCAACAACCAAUGAGCCUGGCUGAGAGCAACGUUCCCUCGUCAGCAGUCGAUACUAAUGUGCACAGGCAACACUCGUCGACUCCACACCAUCGAUCAGUACACAACACUCCGCAUGCACAUGCGAACACCACCCAUGCCUCGUCUGCAUCCAAAAAAGGAAGUAAAAAGAAUCGACGAAAUGACGAAUGA